AUGGAUCGAAGGAUAGGUUACAUUAUCAUCGCUCUGCUGUCAGCAUUGCUUUUCUUUCUCGCGGUCGGAUACAACGGUUGGCCGUGUGGUGGGAGUCCUUUGAGUGAUAGGUGCAAACGCUUGAAAUUGUAUGAAACAACUGGUGCCCUGAUAUUAACCGCCGGUCUUCUGGCCCUUCUGUGUGGAAUAAUCUUGAUUUUUGCUUUGCUCAAGGGCGGAGAUUGGACAGAGAUUGCAUCGUUGGUGUUGGCUUUGCUGGCAGCCAUAAUAGGCAUGGCCGGGGUAUUUUACUACUAUGACAAUAGUGCAUGGUGGGGCCCAUUCAUUGCAACUGUUGGCAUGUCUUUGACCAUAGCACUUGCUGGAAUCAUUCUUUUUGAUGUUAUCACCAGCCGCACUUGA